AUGCAUGGGCGUCCAGAGACUGUGAUGGGAGGUCCCAGUUUGGUGGUCCUGGGAGAGCUCCCUGGGGAUCUGAAUGGAUUUGUCACCAUGGGGAGAGAGAAAUUUCACCCCUUGGGUGUCUCUGUCAGCCUUGAGGAGAAGCUGGCCCAUGUGGAGAAGUACGAGACGGUGAAGCCGCGCAGGCUGCCGGUGGCUCGGGGCAGGAGGGACCUCUCUGCACAUUCUAACAUCUAUCCAGACCAUGUCCUCUACAGCAUCCGUGCCGAAGGCAAGGACUAUGUUCUGCACCUGGAGAAGAACAUGGAGCUCCUUGGACAGCAUUACACUGAGACGCAUUACUCGGCUGACGGCACGGAGAUCGUAGAGAAGCCAGAUGUUCGGGAUCAUUGCUUUUAUCAAGGUCGUGUUCAGGGGUAUGCCAUUUCAGCAGCCAGCAUCAGCACCUGCAACGGGCUCAGUGGAUUUUUCCGUGUAAAUGAGACCGCCUAUGUGCUGGAACCCCUGAGCGAGGAUAAGGCUGGAUGGCAUGCAGUGUACAGAGCAGCUCACCUGCGGAUGAAGCGUGGCACGUGCAAAGAGUCUAGUGCCACCGUGGAAUAUGACCACGAACCAAAAAUUGCUGCGGCCAUGAAGCUCCAUCACUGGAAAUCAGCUCCAUUACACAAAGGGCCUCGAUAUGUGGAGCUGAUCUUGGUUGUGGACAAUGAGGAGUUCAGAAAGUACAAGGAUUUGCGCAUGGUGCAGAACCGCAUGAAGGAAAUCGUGAACCACGUUGACAAGCUUUAUCAGUCUCUUCACCUGCGUGUGGCCUUGAUUGGCUUGGAGGUGUGGAACAACAAGGACAAAAUCACUGUGAGUCCCAACCCAGAAGUGACUCUGGACAACUUCCUCCGUUGGCGCGAGACAGAGCUGCUGAGGAAGAAGAAGCAUGACAAUGCCCAGCUGAUCACGGGCAUAGACUUCCAUGGAACAACUGUAGGCCUCGCAAAGAAGCUUGCGAUGUGCACCAGGGACUCAGGUGGCGUCAAUCAGGACCACAGUGAGAAUCCUAUCGGUGCCGCAUCCACCAUGGCUCAUGAGAUGGGGCACAACCUGGGGAUGUCUCAUGAUGAAGACAUUGCUAGCUGCCACUGUCCUGUCCCCAAAGCUGAUGGAGGCUGCGUUAUGGCAGCGAGUGUUGGCUUGGUUUACCCCAAGCUCUUCAGCAGCUGCAGUGAACAUGACAUGUGGCAGUUCCUUGGAGACCCCAGGACCAGCUGCUUGCUGAAUGCCCCCAAGGCUGAUGAGCUGUAUGGGGGGCCCGUGUGUGGGAAUCAGUUUGUGGAGCGAGGAGAGCAGUGCGACUGUGGCCCGCCGGAGGAGUGCUCUGAUCCCUGCUGCAAUGCCACCACUUGCCAGCUAAGAGAGGGAGCCGAGUGUGCCCGUGGAGAGUGCUGCCAGGACUGCAAGGUGAAGGCUGCCGGCGCGUUGUGCCGAGCCAACAAAAACGACUGCGACUUGCCUGAGCACUGCACCGGCCUCAGCCCCGAGUGUCCAGAGGACGUCUUCCAAGAGAACGGCAUCCCGUGCCAGCACGGGAGUGGCUACUGCUACAACGGGGCAUGUCCUUCACAUGGCGAGCAGUGCCGCAUGCUCUGGGGAGCGGCUGCCCAGGUGGCCCCUGACGCCUGCUUUAACUACAACAGUGAGAAAAACCUCUACCUCCACUGCCUCACUGAGUCGGGGAAGAGGCCCUGCAGCCCUGAGGAUGUGAAGUGCGGCACGUUGCUGUGCUUGAGCGAGAACGCCCACCCCGUCAUUGGUGGCAGCUCGUACUACAUCUCGUUUAACCGCCUCAAGUGCAAAGCAGCCAUCACUGACAAUGAUGCCAGCGGGACGGUGGCCAACCUCAAGCUGGUGCCCACAGGCACCAAGUGUGGGGAGGAGAUGGUCUGCUACGCCGGACGCUGCCAGAACGUCCUGGUCUACGGCAACAAGAACUGCUCUGCAAAAUGCAACAACCAUGGGGUUUGCAAUCACAAGCGGGAGUGCCACUGUGACCCAGGGUGGGCAGCGCCGUACUGUGAGCAGAAGAUUUCCGAGAUCACCACAGGGAGCAGCACUGUGGUCAUGGCAGCCAUGCUGGCGGUGCUGGCACUCUCCAGUAUCCUGCUCGGUGGAUGCUUUAUGCUCAUCAGAGGCGGUGGGAAGAGGUACUUCCAGAAAGGGCGAAUCGCUGUCCCGGAAUGA